AGAAAAUGAAUUUCUUGUCAUGUUUCUCUCACACAGCUGAGACCCAGGUCUGCUUCAGGUACUACCAUGGUGUCACAGGAGCGCUGAGGGCCACUACACCCAGUGUGACCAUCAAGAAGGACUGCCCACCUGUGAGACUUUUUCACCUCAUUACUUUUCAUAAAGCUAUGCAUGUCCAAAUUGGAUAGAAGCUUAGCUCCCUAUAAAUACUACAAUAAAAUAGUCAGACACAUCUUUAAAGAAUUUUAUUUGACCUAAAAUCAGCAGAGUGAAACUCUUCAAGCUAAAGUAGAUAAUAUUUAUAAAAUUAGCAUUGCAGAGAGCUAAGGGGAGGGUGUGACACAAAUGCAUGAUUCACAGACCCUCCUCCCGUCUCUGAUUGGAUCUUUCUGACCAGAAGCGGAGUAUUUCUGCAGGUGGCAGACCACAGUGAGGAGACAAGAGAGAUAAAUUGGGUCACAGGUUAUUUUUCUCAUAUUAUACUGUCAGGACAUAGUGGCAGUUUUAAUAAAUAUGUAAAACAAACAUUUUUAUGAAAGUUACGUACUGCAGCUUUAACUACACUUUAGGACUGUCAUCAGCUUAGAUGCUUAAGAGAAACUUUCAGAAACUUCCUUGGGAAUCAGAAUAGAUUUGGCUAAAACCUAUAACAUUAAGUUGAUGCUUGAACAUCUAUUGAUGGCUGAGAACUAGCUGUUCUUUAGAUUACAGAGUCAGGCUUUUAAUAAAAACAAAAGAUUGGUUUGGUUUUUCAUUUUAAACUACAGACAUUUACACCAUAUUAUCAAAAGUAUUCCAUCUGAAAGUAGACCACAUCAAAUGUACUGCAGUGUCAAAUGCAAAUUGACCAUUGGCUGUGGAAGUGAUUGGAACACCUGAAUGCAGUAAUUUGGUUUGGUGAAUAAAUAAGACAGAACUUUAUUGUCCACUGACAUUGAAAAUUUUUUUGAGCUUUCCAAACUAAAUACAAUACUUUCAUACAGUUGUAAUUUGAUCAAUAUGUUUGAAUACAUCUAACCAUGUUACUUUGCGUACUAUAGUUAGAUGUAAUUAAGCUUGGUUAAAAAUGGUUAUUGUGUUGGGAAUAAAUAAUUUCUUCUAAAUGUAUUUUAUGCAAGUAUUUCACAGAGAGGCUAAUUAGUAACCGAUUUUAGGAAUUUUUACGGUAAAUUCUUGUUGUCCUGUUGUCCUUCAAAAGCCUGCCAGUCAUUGAGAGAGUGUUUAGUGAUUGAAUUUCCAUGGUUGCCUUGGCAUUGUGCUGCGGUAUGCCUCUGGAAAAUGCUGAUGUAUCCAGAACCUGAUCUCUUCUUUCUUCCCGGGAACAAAGUUAUAUAAAUAACUGCAACCAAGGAGACAGAAAAGACAGGGAGCAAGCAAGCACAGGUAGCACCAAUCAGUCCUGUCAACGUAAGCCUGCCACUUGUUUGGAGUCCUUGGGUAGACAACACUGUCUCUUCCUCGUCAAAAGAUGAAGGAAGAUCUGGUGAAAUGUAACGGAGGUUAAGGAACAUUGAUCCAGUCUGCUUAAUGGUUAUUGUGGUUGGUCAGAACCUGUCAGGUGGUGCAGUCAAAGAAGAUUCCUCCUUAUCUGAGUUUGUGUUAUGGACAGCCUUUGUCUCCACCUGGGAAUAUUGUUCUCAAGUCAUCCUGGGAAGAGGAGAGCAUGGAGGACAAGGCUCAGCUGGAUAACCUGGGUAUUAAAGCCUGUGGUUAGUCCUGAAGUGAACCAUGGACUGGGCAAUAGGAGACUCAUUAACUUUUCUCUGUCAGAUGUCCAGGCUGUUGGACUGAAGAAAGGAAUGUUCUUCAAUCCAGAUCCGUACCUGAAACUCUCAAUCCAGCCUGGGAAGCACAGUAUAUUCCCCUCACUACCACACCAUGGACAGGAAAAACGCUCUAAAGUGGUGUGCAACACAGUCAACCCACAGUGGAGCUCAGAGAGAUUCAACUUUGUGUCUCUGCCCACGGAUGUCCUGGAAAUUGAGGUAAAGGACAAGUUUGCCAAGAGUCGGCCAAUCAUCAAGCGCUUUCUGGGGAAGCUUUCUGUCCCUGUCCAGAGGCUGCUGGAAAAACACGCCAUUGGAGAUCGUGUGGUGAGUUACUCUCUGGGUCGCAGGUUGCCAACAGAUCAUGUUUGCGGCCAGUUGUUGUUCCGCUUUGAGCUGACCUCUUCGAUUCAUCCAGAUGACGAGGAGGUUUCUCUGGUCAUGGAGCCAGCUUGCAAUGAGGUGGAAACUCCUGCUGAAGGGAACCAUGCAGCUGAUGCACCAGAUGACAACACACUAAGUGUGAGCCUCGAUAUGCCGGAUCUCCCUUUGGAUGCUUCUCUGGACACCAACACCUCAACGCCAGGAGCACUUAGCCAGGAUGUCCCUCUUACUGUUCGGCAAGAAGACAGCAGUGCUGCAGAGGUGGUACCAGGAAGAGUGGAGGAGCAGAGCACAGUUAGGAAUGAGAUCUCAGCUUUACAGCCUGAGAGAGAGCCAGGAGAUGGUGCCUCACCUGAACUGCAGAAGGGCAAUGGAGAAGAGGAGCAGGGAGGGGAAACUGGAGAGGAGAGCAAAGAGGCUGAGGGUGCAGUCCACCCUGAGUCAGACUCAGACUGCCCUACAGAGGCAGAGACAAAUGGAGGGGCCAUUGGUGCUGCUGUAUUGGCUCCAUCUUGGGAGGAAGAAUGUGUAGACUCUGCCCCAGAAGCCUCACAGGAGCCCAAUGAGAAAGGAGAAAGCAGCUGUGAACCCUGCUCCUGCCAGUCUCUGUUCUCCAACUGCAACUUCCAAGCUCCGUCACGGCGUAAAGCUCGGCCCUGCUCCCUGCCUGUGUCAGAGCUGGAGACGGUGAUUGCCUCAGUGUGCGGGGAGCCAGAGACGCCAAGAUCCCACUACAUCCGGAUUCACCACCUCCUGCACAGCCUCCCGUCAGCCAGACCUCUCAGCCAGGAAGAGGAGGGGGAGGUCACCAACUCCACUGUGGAUUCCAAUGCUACAACCUCUCCAACCCUGAAGACCUCCAAAGAGGAGGAAGAGGAGGAAGAAGAGGAGGACACAACACAGUCCCCAUCUCAGGUCCCAGAGUGUCCAGGCUCAUUCUGCCGGCGCGCUCUGCCCCGUAGCCUUUCCAUUGAGCGCCUGUCUGAGCUGAACCAGCUACUGGAAGGUGAUGGAGGACGAGGAGGACAUGCAGUAACAAGAAGGAUCUCUCCAUCCUACUUAGAUAGUGAAGAGGGGGAUUCUAACCUUGAAGGAGGGCCCAGGAUGUGUAGCAGGACCCAUAGACCUCCAGGCGAGAACGAGUGUGAGUUCUGUGACACAUCCUGCUACAGCACCUCCUGCUACAGCACCUCCUGCUACAGCACCUCCUGCUACAGCAACUCAGGUUAUGAGGGGAGGGGCCGCUUUUGCAGCCACAACCGCCUGUCAUCAGUGGACAGUAACCGGCUCUCCGGCAGCACCGUCUUCUCCUCCCAGGAUGAAGAGGAAGAUGAGGAGAGUGCCUUUGAGUCUGUUCCCAACCCGGUCCAGAAUUACUCUCAGGAUCCAGGUGGGGACAGGGGAGAGAGGAGGACUGGAAGAUGGAACAAGGCUAGAAGAGGGGAGCAGGGAGAGCCAGCAGAGGCCGGACCCAGUGACAAGAACUGCAUUGGCUCAGAUCUCUCCCCUCCUGUUGGCCAUCUCCCAGUACUGCGACCCAGCCAUGACCCAAACCAUUUUCCUGCUGCCACUGACCCAGCCUUACCUCCAAACUGGGAAGCUCGUGUUGACAGCCAUGGCAGGGUCUUCUAUGUCGAUCAUGUCAACAGAAUCACAACUUGGCAGAGACCAAGCCAUGGUGCCAAGUGCAACCAUGGCAUCCCUCGCUCGGGUUCUACACAGCAAAUGGAGCAGCUCAACCGGAGAUACCAGAACAUCCAGAGGACCAUGGCUACAGAGGAGGAUAGUGGGAGUCGGAGUUCAGACGGUGAAUCGGAGCCUGUUCAGACAGCCCCUUCUUCCCCGGUCAAUCAUCAGAAGAUCACAUAUCUCCUUCAGUCACCGGCUGUCAAGUUCAUCUCACACCCUGAAUUUUUCACUGUGUUGCACAGCAACUUUGCAGCUUACCGUAUGUUCACCACCAGCAGCUGUGUGAAGCACAUGAUCCUGAAGGUGCGUCGUGAUGCCAGAAACUUUGAGCGCUAUCAGCAUAACAGGGACCUGGUGGUCUUCCUUAACAAGUUUGCAGACACACAGCUGGAGCUGCCAAGAGGCUGGGAAAUCAAGACUGACCCACAAGGAAAGUCAUUCUUUGUGGAUCACAACAGCCGAGCCACAACCUUCAUUGACCCUCGGAUCCCACUGCAGAAUGGUCGACUGCCAGGCCACCUGGCCCACAGACAGCACCUGCAGAGACUCCGUAGUUACAGCGCUGGAGAGGCCUCUGAAGUGUCCAGGAGUCGAGGGGCGUCUCUGAUGGGUCGGCCCGGUAACACCCUGGUAGCAGCCAUACGCAGUCACCGUCAAACUGACCCAAAGCAGCUGACUGCUCUCUCUUACAAUGACAAGAUAGUGGCAUUCCUGCGACAGCCAAACAUAUUUGACAUGCUGCAGGAGCGCCAGCCCAGUCUAAGCAGAAACCAUGCAUUAAGAGAAAAGGUGCACUACAUCCGGACAGAAGGUACUCAGGGUGUGGAGAAGCUGUCAUGUGAUGCAGACCUUGUAAUCCUGCUAAGUUUAUAUGAAGAGGAUAUUAUGUCUUACAUUCCGCCUCACCCUGUCCACCCUGGGUUCAGCUUCUCCCCUCGCUGUUCACCCGGUUCCUCCCCACAGAGCUCUCCUGGUCUGCAGAGAGCCAGGGCCCCAGCUCCUUAUCGCAGAGAUUUUGAAGCCAAGCUGCGAAACUUCUACCGCAAACUAGAGGGUAAAGGCUAUGGCCAGGGACCGGGCAAGAUCAAACUGCUGAUACGAAGAGAACAUCUGCUGGAGGGAACCUUCAACCAAGCGAUGGCGUAUUCACGCAAAGAGCUGCAGAGGAACAAACUCUACGUCACCUUUUUAGGGGAAGAGGGAUUAGAUUACAGUGGUCCAUCCAGGGAAUUCUUCUUCCUGCUCUCCCAGGAGCUCUUUAAUCCAUACUAUGGUCUGUUUGAAUACUCAGCCAAUGACACAUACACCGUUCAGAUCAGCCCCAUGUCAGCUUUUGUUGAGAACCAUCUGGAAUGGUUCCGUUUCAGUGGCCGUAUUCUCGGCCUGGCUCUGAUCCACCAGUACCUGCUGGAUGCCUUCUUCACCAGACCCUUCUACAAGGCUCUGCUCAGACUACCCACAGAUCUGUCUGAUCUAGAGUACCUGGAUGAGGAGUUCCACCAGUCUCUCCAGUGGAUGAAAGACAAUGACAUCACUGAUAUCUUGGACCUCACCUUCACUGUGAAUGAAGAAGUUUUUGGCCAGGUGACAGAGCGGGAGCUGAAGUCAGGUGGCUCCCACCUCCAAGUGACAGAGAAGAACAAGAAGGAUUACAUUGAGCGAAUGGCGAAGUGGAGAGUGGAGAGGGGGGUGGUGCAGCAGACGGAGGCACUGGUCAGAGGCUUCUAUGAGGUGGUGGACUCCAGGCUGGUGUCUGUGUUUGAUGCGCGGGAGCUGGAGCUGGUCAUUGCUGGGACAGUUGAGAUCGAUCUCAGUGACUGGAGGAGCAACACAGAGUACAGAGGAGGUUACCACGAUGGCCACAUAGUGAUGCGAUGGUUCUGGGCAGCGGUGGAGAGGUUUACCAAUGAGCAGCGUCUCCGCUUGCUGCAGUUCGUCACAGGGACAUCCAGUGUGCCCUACGAAGGCUUUGCAUCCCUAAGAGGAUCUAACGGCCUCCGGCGUUUCUGCAUUGAAAAGUGGGGCAAAGUCACAUCACUACCCAGGGCUCACACCUGCUUUAACCGCCUUGACCUUCCUCCAUACCCCUCAUACACCACUCUGUAUGAGAAGCUGCUCAUCGCUGUGGAGGAAACCAGCACUUUUGGCCUGGAAUGACCCAUAGGAGUCAAAUGGUUUCACUCUGGAUAGGCCUGGAAGCUGAAGGAAGGAGAGCAGCCCAUGUUGGCUCAAAGUUUCAUAAAGAUUUGUGAAGUAUAACAGACGUUUGUGAACUGGCCUGGCUCUCAGUACAUCACUGUUGGGUUCUCUGUGUUCAUCUAUCAGUUCACUUGAAGGAGGUUUCUGACUGGGGGACAGCCAUGGGACAACAGUUCUAGUUUUAUUAGUGGUAGUGAAACACCACACUUACUUUUCAAAACUCAUUAUGUCUAUGUUUGUUUGAGGGAAUACAAAAUUCUUAUUUGCAUGAACCAAAGUGGAUCAGCCCUCCAAAAUAUCAAAAUGCUCAUGGUAGCAAAUAAUAAAUGGAAAACAGGCAGAUACAGUGUAUAUAACUGGAUAACAACAAAAUAGUUGUCAAAUAAGACUUCUACAAAUCUAAGAUUGAUGACAAUGCCUGACAAUCUGUUUGUAUGUACCAUUAAUAUAAAAAAAGAUGAUAAAUUAUAAUAAACUAUUAAUAAAUAUUAGGCCUGUCACGAUAACAAAUUUUGCUGAACUGUAAUUGUCUCAAAAAACUAUUGCGAUAGACGAUAAUAUUGUUCGAAAACCUUUGUACACUGAUUUAAUGGAAAUGACGUAAUGAUGCAUGCGAUUUUCUAAGAUAGAUACACUUUAUUUUCAGAAGAACACAACACUGGAACUGAUAAAAUAAACAAAACAACCAAUAACAAAAAUAAAAUGGAUUCAGUCUCCAUUAACAAAAAUGUACUUGAAUAAAAACACCAAAGUGUAAAUAAAUACUGUAUUCAACCAAAAGAGUGCAGAUUAUGAAGUCUGUAAACCAUAUUGUCCUUCAGUAAUCAUUAGAAUUAAAUAGAGAAGAUGGAACAUCGACUACCUGAUGCAAUAGUUCACACUACACGAAUUUUUACCCCUAUCCUUCCCCUUAUGACAAUCUUAGAACGUUGAUCGUUCUAAGAUUGUCGCUUGUGAUCAUCCUGUGGUGUGUGGUGUGUUAUGGUAGAUCAGGGGUCACCAACACGAUGCCCGCGGGCACCAGGUCGCCCGAGGGGACCUUGUCAGUUGCCCGUGGAGCAAGUUCUAAAAAUAGCCCUUGUCAUUAGGGAGCACUGCCAAACAAUUAUUUAAUUUAAUCUUUUUACAUUGAAGUAAUAACAUUUGUUUAUAUUUAGAGUUUUAAAAAAGGAAAUGCUAAGAACCUUUAAAAUAAAUUGUUUUACGUAUAAAACUCUUUGCUACGGUUAAAGUUCAGAACAGCGCAGACGUCUGAAGGAAUUUAUCGGAGGGCUGCAGCGCCUGCAGCUGUACAUACUCUGCGUACCUUGAGAUCUUCCUUUAAGUGAAAAAAGAAAAAAAUAAUUUCUGGAAAUUUUAUUAUUUAACCCUCUUUACUAUUAACAAAAUUGUGGAGAAAAAAAACAUCUUUUGUGCCAAAACAUCUUGUACGAAGCAAACAUCUGUGUGAGUUUCUGGGGGUUAGAAGCCUAAAUCCUUUUGGUCAGUUUACUUUUAUUUGCCAGCUUGGCGCUUUUUCUGUAAGAUAAAAAUGAAUGACAGGAGUUUGAACCUCUCGUAGUUCUAAGAGCGGUCGUUUGGAUCCUGGCGGAGCUUUUUACCAUGUGGCGGGUCGUCGGUUUAUGUGGUUCUUUGAAGUUUCCAGAACUGGAGAGCUGAUGGGUCACCUGUCGGCUGACAUCCGCCACUCUUCACACUAAGACAUGUUGAAAUAACCUGAUUCAUUAUAGUCAGACUGAUAAAGUGCUGAAGCCGAGUGAGAUCACGGGAUGUCAUGCGAGUUCAGAGUUGAGACAAUGUUUUUGUCUCAACUUGAAUAACGUAUUCAAGUUGCGAUAAUGUGAUUCAAUUUAGUCAGAUUCAUUUCCCUCCGAAGAGGGUCUAGCGAGAUCAGGGGAUCACGAGAGAUUAUGAGACAUAACUGUUAUGCGCCUGGGAAGACUUCGGAGUGGUUUUAGUUACACAUUAAACUAUAGAUAUUUGUUUUUCUCUGCAGGGCACUAUUGGCAUUUAAGAACUGCAUUGAAGCAGUUCUUAAAUUUCAUUCAGCAUUUAGCACUGUAACAGUGCAG